GUACUGUCUUUACGUCACAAUUUGGAUGUCAUGCAUAUUGAAAAGAAUGUGUGUGAAAGUGUCUUAACAACCAUAUUAGAUGUCAAUGGUAAAUCGAAAAUUGAGAAUGAGUCUCGUAGAGAUCUUGAGUUACUAGAACUGAUGGAAGAUAUGCCUGUGGAAGAAAAACGUGCGAAAUUAGAGCUACCAUCUACACCUUACACAUUAACAAAAGUUGAGAAACCUAAAUUUUGUGGUAAGUUGUAUUUUCAAAGGUUUCCUUAUGGGUAUUGCAGUAAUAUUGGUAACUGUGUCAAGCUGAAAGAGUGCAAGAUACUUGGUCUUAAGUCCCAUGACCAUCAUGUUUUAAUGCAACAACUGUUGUCUGUUGCAUUAAAAGGGCUUUUACCUGAAGGCCUAAGAAAAGCAAUAUGGCGUCUAUCUUCCUUUUUCAAUGAGUUGUGUCAAAGGGUAUUGGACAGAAAAAAGUUGGAAGAGUUGGAAGAUGAGAUC